AUGGCAUACCUCUCGGUGCCUGCGCAGAGCCCGCUCAAGCGGUCUUUCAGCGAGACGCCGUACCUGCGUCCAGCCACACCCCUGUCCAACGAGUCUGUCAAUACUGUUCGACGUUGUAAACCCAGCAACGUAUCUGCUACCUCACUUAUCUCAUUGACUUCCAUCCACCCUGGUCCCUGGCUCAAGACGAACGAAAAUGCACCUCCGAAACUCUCUUCUCGGUCAUUGCUAGACCUGAUCGGCGAGCUCUCGGCAUCCGCCUUGACACUCAAGCAUCCAGAUGACUACUUCCCAGAGCAAAUGACAUGGGUCUCAAACAUCCCUCUGCCGCCCUCGCCGAGCAUCCGCGAAGUCCCCAAGGAAACGACCGACUCUAUCCAUGUUACCGAGUCUGAUGACGCCGUCUCAUCACCGGCCUCAACGUUCCAGGAAUCAGCCUCCACCAUACAGGAUGACACAAUCUCUGAGACUGACUCUAUCAGUUGGCCUAUUGAAGUCCCGGAGGGGUUGGGUGCAUAUGGCAUCGCAUUCGAUAUGCCAUGCCCAGAGCAACCAUUGGAAAAAGAGAUGUCGUCGGACGAGAGCAUACACGAUGACACCUCGGCCCUCGACUCCAACGUGAAGACAGCUCCCUUUAGGCGAUGGGUGAGUACUCUUCGGCGUCGCAACAAACGGCGCGAGAAAAACCCCCUCGAACGCUGGACCAUUGAUGGGUCGGAGACAGAACAUCAAAAGCAAAGGAUGGACGGCUCACCAAGGCAGGAUGGUCACAAGAAGUCCUCAUCUUUGACAUCAUCUCUCGCAUUUGUCACUGCAGUCAAGUCAGCUUCUAUCACCCUAGCCGGCACCAGCAUUGCACCCCUUACCAGGCUCGGGACAAAACGCAGUCGUACCAGUCAUGCCCACCGAGGCAGCACCUUGUCGGAUACAAGGAUUCCUGGUGAUUCCGUCCAUCCGUCUAUCACCCCCAUCAUGGACGAGCGAGUCUUGGAACGAGCGAGGCACAGACGACGGAUUGUGGAGGAGAUCAUUGCUUCCGAAGAAGGAUAUAUCGGCGAUUUGAAGGUUCUUGUCAAUGUAUACUUCUCUGUCCUUGAGUCGGCCCCAUCGGUUUCAAGCCAGACUCGGACCGCCAUCCACCGCAACGUCUCGCAGAUACUACAACUCCACGAGGAUCUUCUGGGUGAACUCCACAGGAUCGUACCAAACUCCGAGUACACGCACGACGAUGUCUCGAGUAGCCCACGCCCACGGAAAGCAAAACACUCCAGGUGGCAUAGUGUGGACAUUGUGCCAGGGCGUGUUGUGGGGCUAGCGGUCCACCUGCGGCAGCAACGCCAUUCACUGGAUCUCGAACAUCAGGAAGACGCAACUCCUAUCGCUUUGACCACAGACACAAAGACUGUUGCAGAUAUUGCGAGAUUGUUUGAAAAAUUCUUGAAAAGAUUCUUCGCAUACGAGGAAUACAGUGCGCAAUUUGAGUCCGUCAACGGCGAGCUGGAGUCUUCGCAUCGAGCAAUUGCCGCUUGGCAUGAUUACGAAAGAGGCAUCGAAGCCUUGUCGACCACACUUGUGUCGGACAACAAGAAGGAAUCAAACGGCAAGAAGGGCUUGACUUUAGCAGAUCUGCUGAUCAAACCAAUCCAACGGCCCUCCAAAUACCCUUUGCUCUUCGCCGACCUGCUCAAGCACACUCCAGUCGCGGACGACCCAGUUGCGCAUGCAGAGCUGGAGAAAACCUAUUACCGUCUGAAAGAUGCCAACCAGGAAAUCAACAAUGCCAAGGAUGAUCCGAUUACGCGAAGGCUCAUUGAGACGACGUGGCUGUUGCAAGAUCGUUUGAUAUUUCCAGAAGAUCAGCCUUUGCCUCGCGCGCUCCUGACAAGAUUACUGGGCCACGUGUCUCUUUGCGGAAUCUUGCACGUCACAUAUCAGACCAAUGAGCGGACCGAAGGCAAAUACAUGAUCUGUAUUCUCUUCAACUCUUGUCUACUGCUCGCGCUCGCAGACAAAAGCUCGUCAGGUUACGAAGUCGUCGCUACCAUUACUUUGGCCAAUGGGAGCAUUGAACCGUCGGAUAAUGGACGGGGACUACAGUGUCACACUGCGCCAUUCACAUGGAAGCUCGUCUUUGAGUCCGGUCACAGGCUUUACGAGGUGAUACUCAGUGCUUGUUCCGCUGAGGAAGAGGAGGUGUGGAAGACAAGCCUACGCUCUCGGGUUGCUGCUGAGAACAGUGACCUCAUUGAAGGAAGGAGCAGCGUUCAAGAUGUUUUCUCUUCUUUGCUGCUUGACCUGAAGAGUAUCGGGACUACCUUCGGCCCACCCAACAACUUCUCGCGCAAAAUGUCGAUCCGGCGGGCGGCGACCCUUGGGCCCAAGAUGCACCCUCAGCAGGUAAUCAUUAAGAACACGCAGGCCCAGAAGAGGACGGAUUCGGCUCAAUCCGCAGCUUCGCUUCCUGUGGGACGAUCGCAGUCGCAGCUGUCUGCAUCGAAGCUCGUUCCCACUUUCGCACCAAGACGAGGCGAACGAAUCCGGCUGGAAACGAUCAUCAGUGACGUGUGGACGAAGGACACGCUCCCUUACCCGGGAAUGGGACCACGACGCGGCGACAAUCCUAUCCGAGCUUCUGCAAACUCAGUCAUGCGCAAGCUUAGCAUGGCCAGCAUUACCAGCAAUUUCUCGAGGCGCUCAGACUUCUCCAAGCGCUCAGGAAGCUACGCCAGCCUCAGCCAGCUUCGCAGAGAAGAGGCUGGAAGGUCGAGACCUCGGCGGAAGUCACCACCAUCUGCUAUGCGGAAGUCCGUCUCGGUCCCAGGAAUCAAGGUCGACUUCCACACGGCACCGGAUGCUUUCCUGCCGGCGGACUUUGAGCUUAUCACGCCCCUCAAGAACAGCCAACAGAGAAGACGUGGCAACCGGGCAUACUUGUCGGAUAGGUCCGGCGAGCGAAUCGUUGCCCCCGGUGUCUUGCCUCGUGCAAUGAGCCUAUCGCCAUCGCCGCGGCCUCCAUCCUUCACGCUGAGGAAAAAGCUCUCGCUGCCAGCACUGGUGGAGAGGUCCACGGUCGAUUUGCCGGCACAAGUCAAACCUGCCAAGGCAAAGGCGACACCCGAGAGGGCCAGCAGCCUCCACCCGCCGGCACGGGAGUCGACGCCGGUGGCCUCUCCUCUCAGGCGAUUCAUCAAGCCGCGCACAAGACUCUUCAAAUUCUGGUCGACAAGAAAUGAAACCAGCAAGGCGGCCCUGGCCUCCUCCAGGGCAUCUACUUCGGGAUCGACACCUUGA